AUGCAGCAAAUCGCUCCCAAUAUUCCGGUAAUCUUUUCUCACACCGAGUUAUCGUCGCGGCCGACAACUCCAGUUUGCGCGGUCCGCCUUUGUGAAUUCACAAGUGUCAUCAUGAUGAACAGCCCACGAACAUACCAAGGCAAUCCAUACGUGAUGUCCUCAAGCGCCUUUGCAAAACCUUCCAACACCCUCUGCUCCGUGAUGCAGCUCGUUUUUAACGGUGAGCCCACCCUUGGUCAAGAAGCGCAUCCACCGUCAAAGGCACAUGGUCCAUCACCCGCGAUGUGUGCGUCUCCAACGCCCUCCGCUCAGCCGCCGAGAAGGAGAAAUGAUCACGAGCAACAGCAGCAAUGGUGUGCAUGCCACACAUACACACAGACACACAAAAACUUAACCCGCCACUCAAACACUAUUGGGGUUCGGUCCGCUGACGCCUCCAAAAACAAUGGAAAUGCUGUUUUGGGCCACAAGUUCCGGGCGAGACACCAACUAAAAUGCAGCAAUAUCCACCGCAAACAGCCACACAACACACACGUUUGGUGUGCGAGUAGGAGGGGCGACCGCGCGCAAGCCAGUGGAGCGCGAGCGUGGUACUGA